UGUUUACCAGGAGUCACCAGGGGCUUAACUGCAAUUUCCCCUAAUGAAAGAUGGUCAAGUGGUUUUAAAACCUCGUUUUGAAGAAAAAACGCUGCUCUAGAAUUUUCCAACCAAAGAAUCUGCUGGAAUUUUGAAGAUAAUUCCCUUUGGCGAUAAAUCGCGUUUAAUGACCUCACUACCAAACUAAAUGUUAAAUAUAGAAAAGUUGUUGUCAGUUGAAUUCGUUCUGAAACGCUUUGGCUGAAAAUAACCCGCCGCUUAAACUAUUAAACAGGUGAGAAAAUACCUGCUUUAUCAUCAAAAACUAAAAUGUCAAUCUAUUAUGAAAAAUGCUUGCAAUCAAUAUAAACUCUUUUGAAACCUCCGUUUUCCUUGCGCAAUUGACGGGAUCAAUAAAGUAGCGAAACAAGUGGAAAUCAGGGAAACUGUUCCCAUUAAGCAGCAAACAUGUGGUCGAAAUGCUCUAGAGGCUGCUCAACGAGCUCCAGACUGAUUUUUCAGAUAGGAAAUAGCGCUAGUUUGGCAACCAGCCCGGAAAUAGCGGGAGAACCAACAGGCCCGUGCAUCAAAACUUCCGUUCCAGGACCUAAAACUAAGCAACUUUUGUGCGAACUUAGCAAACUUCAGCAAGCCGGAUCAACAGAAAUAUUCAUAAACUACGACAAAUCCAUCGGCAACUAUUUAGUGGACGCAGAUGAGAACACUUAUUUGGACACGUACACCCAAAUCGCCACCAUGCCUCUUGGAUACAACCAUCCGGAGCUGUUGCAGGUAUUCCGCAACGAACACGACCUGAAAUGCCUGGUAAAUCGGCCAGCUUUGGGGGUGUAUCCCGGAGAAGAUUGGCCUCAACGGAUGAAUCACAUCGCCGACGCGAUCGCCCCAUAUGGAUUGCGGCACCUCAACACCAUGAUGUGUGGAGCCUGUUCGAAUGAAAAUGCUUUCAAACACGCCUUUAUGGCGUAUCGGAGAAAGGUCAGAGGAGAUGAUAAUUUCACUGAAGAAGAAAAACAGUCGUGUGUGUUGAAUAAACCUCCAGGAUCGCCAAAUUUGGCCAUCAUGUCCUUUCUACACGGCUUCCAUGGGAGAACUAUUGGCACUCUUUCGACCACCAGAUCCAAAUAUAUCCAAAAAAUCGACAUUCCUGCUUUCGAUUGGCCCAUGGCCAACUUUCCUCAGUACCUCUAUCCUCUGGAGGAGCACGAGGAGUGCAACAGAGCCGAAGACUAUCGCUGCUUAGCUUCUGUGGAGGAACUGUUUGAGAAAUGGUGCAAAAAGGGCAUACCAGUGGCUGGAGUGAUUGUUGAACCGAUUCAGUCGGAAGGAGGCGACAACCACGCAUCCCCGACCUUCUUCCGAAAGCUUCAAGCCAUUUGCAAGCGAAACAAUGCCGCCCUGAUCAUGGAUGAGGUUCAGACAGGCGGAGGGCCGACUGGCAAGUUUUGGUGUCACGAAUAUUUCGACAUGGAAUCACCUCCGGAUAUUGUCACCUUCAGCAAAAAGUUACAACUUGGUGGAUACUUCUUUUCUGAUGACAUGAAGGUUAAUCAGCCAUUCAGAACUUUCAACACAUGGAUGGGCGAUCCAGGCAAAGUAAUUCUCUUGGAGAAAAUCAUUGAUAUAAUUGUGAGGGACCAACUGCUGCAGAAUGUUCGUCUUACUGGAGACUAUCUCUUGAAGCAGCUACAGUGCAUGGAAAAGGAAUUCAGUCCCAUCAUUCACUCCACUCGAGGACGCGGCACUUUCAUUGCCAUCACAGCGGAAACUCCUGAAAAGCGUGACGAAAUGAUCAAGCGAUUGAAAUCAAAAGGCGUUAUUUGUGGUGGAGCUCAUCCCCAAACUCUUCGUCUGCGGCCUACUUUGCUGUUCAGUAAAAACCAUGCGGAUAUUUUUCUGGAUAAACUUAACGAAGUGUUAAAAGAUAUAAAAAAAGCAUAAAUUCCUUCGAUAUAUCAAAAACCUGAUCAAUAUCGAACAUUUUCUAAUAGUGUUCCAGGCAAUAACAUUGCACUAAAGGGUCAAUAAAUGUCUUCCAUCCUAGUUGUAAGGAAAAAAUGUAUUUACGCUAUCAAUAAACACAUAUUAAACAAU